CAGAGAUAGAGCAACUCAUGCAAGACUGUGUGCUUCCUCUUACUUCCUGUAAACUAGCAAGGCUGAAGAAGUAACCCGCGUUUAUUGUUCAAACUAAUUUUCACUUUCUCAGCUGUAAAGUUUUUUCCUCAGUUUUAUUUUUUCAGCACUAUUUUGUCUUCCAGGGCUCACAUGAAACAGCUGUCUGAAGAGUGUCAACGAGUGUGUGCUUCUAAAUCAGAAAACCCACAGAGGUGAAUAACCUGACAUCAUCAAUAUAACGUUGCUUUAACAAAGCAUUGUCUACACAGUCACUGUGAUAUACGUGUGAAGCUAAAAAACCUGCCAUAAAGCAUUGACUGCUGCAGACCAUCAAAGCAGUAGUCUCCAUCCUACUGAGACAUAAUGAUUACACUUGAUGGCAGCCCAAUCCAAAAGUGUGACUAUGAUGUAAAACUGGAACAGCGUGCUGUAAAGCACAGAAAUCUUGGGGAUCGGAACAACAUAACAACAUGUCGAAGUCCAACCAGAGAUGUGGACACGAAAAGGAUUAAGAAUGAACUACACCGCAAAAGGCAGGAUGAAUUUUCAAAGAGACGACCAGCUGACUGCAGUGUGAACACUCUGUUAUCUCCACGGUCAAGACACAAUUUUGCACGAGAGGGAGGUCGUGUGACGCAAAUGUUUACAUCAUACAGGCAUCCAAAAAUAAGCCCAAUUAAGCAGUCAGUGUCGACUUCUUUACUGAACAAUGAAAAUACACAGAAGCAUGACAGUGUUGCAGCAGUUCUUGACUCACUUCUUCAUAGAGGAAAAGCAAAGCAAGAACGAGCUCUUCUUCGAGACAUCACCCAGCUUACAAACAACGACAGAACCCUCCAUACUGCUAGUGUGCAGACUGAGUCAGGCAUUGCAACAGUUAACGAACAGGACAUUCAGGAGUUGGCAUCUUGUUUAGAGGAGGCGUUAUAUAGAGAGAAGGUCCUGAAAAAAAAGUUGACUGCCCUUCAGAAGAGUACAUCUGCACUAAUGCAGGCCUCUGAACUGCUGUGGAAGACUCGUUGUGAUGAAGAUCUACUGAAGAACAAGAUCAAGACACUGGAGGCUCAGCUACAGCUGUGCAUGAAGCAUGUUCCUCAAAAUGGACUAACGGAGGUGGUAUUAAAUAUGGAGAAACAGAAGGAGGAGUAUGAAAAAAAGGCAAUGGAGGCCAUUCAGAAGGCCACAGAGGAGAAUUCAGAAGCACAGAGCAAGCUGCAGAAUCUACACGAGGCACUACAGGUGGCCCAGGCAGAGUCAUUGAGGUGGCAGAAGCUGUAUGAGGAGCUGAGAGAGAGCUCCAACCUCUUGAGGAAGAAACAGGAUGAGAGCACUGAUCAGCUCCAGCAGCUACAGAAUCAGCUGCAGAGAUCCAAGGAACAGGACGAGUCACUGAGGGAGCAGUGUAACAUCCUGCAGCAGGACAAUGCUGACUUUUCCUCUGAAAUCCUUCUGCUACAGCAGGACAACCAGACUCUGAAAGAAGAGCUAGUGAAAUUCGCAGAUAACGCGCAAGGAUCUUGGAAUAAUAUCACAGAAGUGCACAAGCAGGGACUUGAGUCAUACCAGUUUGUUGAGGUGGAUAAUAGCGUCGCUAAGCAGCUCCGCCAGACCAAACAGAGACUCAGCCUAAAGGAAAAGGAGUGUGAGGAUCUGAAGAAAGAGCUGGAGGUCCUGGAGCAGGAGUGUUACGGUUAUCAGGCUCGUGUGGCUCAGUGUCUGAAUGAGCUAAAUACUAUAAGUGCUCGCAAUAGCAGAAGCAUGCGAAGGAGACGUUUCUGUAGCACUCUGUGCUGGACUCUGUUCUUCAUCCUGAUGCUAAUUGCAAUAAUGGUUGCUGUUUGGAUCUACCGUCCAUCAGUCAGGGAGCAGCUUCAUGAAUUUUACUCAGCAGUGGAGGAGAGAGUGGAGGACUAUUUAAUGCAGGCAGCAUCCACGCAACAUGCACGCUGCUUCAGACCUGUUUGAGAAAGACACCUUUAAAUUCACAUGUUUAUAACGUUUAGGAUAAUAUUUAUUGGUUGUAUAUCAUAUAUUUAUAUCAUGAUAUAUGUACAUUAUGAUAUGAGCCAAAAUACACCAUGAAUAAUGCUAUCUGCACAGUGUGUGUAGUAUGUAAAAUGGAUUAUGAGGUUAUGAAUUUGUACCCCUAGCCCAUAACUUUGUAAGGUUUCAAAGUGAGGUGGCGUGUCCUUCAUACAUAAUAAAGUUUCAUAUGUAUUCAUGAUCUUUCUUAUCUUUAUCAGUAUGUUCUAAUGAUCCCAAAAUAGCAUUGUUCCAUUUCAAGUUCAUAUUUUCAGACUUUAGUUAAUUGAAAUCAAAGCCUUGAAUAAAAGCUGUGUACA